AUGGACAUGUUCAAGGAAGAGACGGUGUUAGAGAUAAAUUUUCCAAGUGAGCAACGGGAACAAGGCUUUAGACAAUUCAGAGAGAAAUCGACUUGGAUGCCUUAUAUUAAGGAUCCGGCAGUGGAAUUGUAUUUUAAAAAGCUUGAAGAGAAGACUGAUCUCAUAAAAGAGGGGGGUCAUAAUUAUAGUAAUCUUUCGGAUAAAGAACAGCAAGCGUUAAGAUCUUUAAAGAAUAGGAGGGAUAUUGUUAUAAAAGAAGCAGAUAAGGGGGGAGCUAUAGUAGUUUGGCGACGGGAGGAUUACUGUAAGGAGGCCUAUAGACAACUUAAUGAUAAGGAUGUCUAUGAGCUUGUAUCUGACGAAUCUGAUAUUUUGGAUAAGGUUUCGAGGCUCGUAUCGGCGGAAUUGGACGCAUUAGUGGGUAGUGGAUAUAUUAGUGUAGAGAAUAAAAAAUAUCUAAACGUAAGUAAACCGCGUUUGGGUAGAUUUUAUCUUCUUCCUAAAAUUCAUAAGAAUUUAGAAAAUGUGCCAGGUAGACCGGUGAUUUCAAAUUGUGGGACAGUUACAGAGCGUAUCUCUGAAUUUUUGGAUUUCCAUGUUCAACCUUUAGUUGCGGAGUUUGUUCCUUCGGUUAUUAAGGAUACUUCGGAAUUUUUGCAGAAAUUACAAAAUUUGGGGCAUAUACCGUCUACCGCUAUUUUGUGUACUAUAGAUGUUGUGGGAUUAUAUCCACAUAUCCCACAUGAUGAGGGUCUAGAUUCGUUGAGACGAGCAAUGCAAAAUACUAAUGAAGAGUUGCCCGUAGAUAGAUUAAUAGCUUUAGCCAAAAUAAUAUUGGAGAAUAAUUAUUUUGAGUUUGACGAGAAAGUAUUUCGUCAGAAAUUGGGUACAGCCAUUGGUACGAAGUUUGCUCCGGGGUUGGCCAAUGUUUUUAUGGGAUAUCUUGAGGAAAAGUUUAUCAGCUCUUGUGAAUUAAGACCUUGGGUUUGGUGGCGAUUUUUGGAUGAUGUUUUUAUGAUUUGGCUUCAUUCGGAAGAGGAUUUAAAUAUAUUCUUACACCGUUUGAAUACAUUUCAUAACAGCAUCAAAUUUACCUGGGAAGUAGGUUUUAGAAAGAUUUCCUUUUUGGAUGUGGCGGUAACUCUUACCGAUGAUGGUUUCGAUACUGAUGUGUUUAGCAAGCCUACUGAUGCACAUCGGUAUUUGAAUUAUGGUUCGUGUCAUCCGUCGCAUGUCAAGAGGGGGAUACCAUAUGGACAGGGACUUAGGCUUAAACGAAUUUGUAGUUCGGAGGAAAUUUUGGAGGGUAGACUGGAUGAUCUAAGAGGUUUCUUGAUGGAGCGAGGCUAUGAUCGGGGUUUUAUUGAGAAACAAUUUAAUAGGGUUAGGAAUUAUGAUCAUCAGAUUGUGUCUGAUCAGUGUAAAGGUCAAGACAAUAGGGUUUGUUUGGUACUGGAUUUUCAUCCGGCACUUAAUUGUUUAAAGGGUACCUUGCAGGAAAUGCAGGGUAUAGUUGAGAUGUCAUCGGAUUUUUUUAAGGUUUUACCUGAAAAACCACUGUUAAGUUUUCGUAGACCGAGGAACCUUAAAGAUCAUCUGGUCAGGUCUAAGUUACGUAGUAUUGAAACUUCGGAUAGAAGCAUGUCUAAGUGUGGUAAGAAGCGCUGUCAAGUGUGUAAUUAUAUUAUCUUGGGGUCUAAAUUUAGUAGCUUUUCAACGGGUAAAGUUUAUCACAUAAAUCAUGCCUUUGAUUGUGAUUCGGAAGGGGUGAUUUAUUUGAUAACUUGUAAGACAUGCCAUCUACAGUACGUCGGGAAUACGGUUACGGCAUUUAGGUUGAGAUUUAAUAAUCAUAAAAGCUCAUUGUUACGUUUUGGUAGGGGUCAGAGAGGUAUUUGCGGUCAGGGUUUAUAUGCGCAUUUUUUUGAACAAGGACAUAAGGGAUUAGAGGACAUAAGUGUUCAAAUAAUUGAUGUUACUGAUAUCAAUAAACCUAAUGAGAGGGAAAGUUUUUGGAUAGAAAAGUUAAUGACUUAUUGUCCUAUGGGAUUAAAUGUGAGGGAGGAAACUUAA